AGACAUUAUUACUGCAAAGAGAAAACAGAAACAAAAACAGAAAUAAGGAAGCUCAAUUCAGUUUUGCACUGAUACAUUCUGCACUAUAUGUUUUUGACAUCUACUGACUGUCCUCUAUGGCUUUGAGAUCAUGCUAAUGUGUUUCAACCUAAAUCUUUUCUCAUAGGUGUGAUGGCAACAGACCCAUCAGAGACACAUUACAGGCUAAAGAACAGCUCAGUUUGUCUUCAUGUCAAAGAACCGCCUCCAUAUAGAAAAGGCUGAAUGGACGUUUCAGAAUCAAUUACUUGCUGAUAAGGAGAUUAUCAAUCCAAACUAUACAGACAGAAUAUAUUUUAGCCGUGAAAACUUGACCUUGUGCAUAAAUGAGCUGACUGAAGAAGACAGCGGCCUCUACAAGUUCUCUUACUAUUCCCCCAGCCUUUCUCAAAUAUCAAGGACACACAAAGUUAUUGUACAAGAAAGGGUUCCCAGACCAGUGAUGACUUUCAUGUCAGAGAAUCAUUACAAUCUUUCGGAGGGAUUGUGUAAUUUCACAGUAAACUGCUCCAUCCAGGAUGAUUGGCUGUGCUCUUUCUGUGAUAAAGAUGUCUGCAGAACAUCUCAGAGGUCCUUCAGCAAGCUCAACAUCACCAUCCUUACCGUCGGCACAGCUGUUGUCUGCAGUGGCAACAACCAUGUCAGCACAAAUAACGUCUCAGAAAGUAUUGCUACAGUGUGUUUCCAAAAAUCUAAUCUUAAACUUAAAGAGGAAUCACAGCAGGCUCCUAAUGUGACAGAUACGAACAUGAUGAUGAUCAUUAUCAUCACCAUCUUUGUUUGUCUGAUAUUACUUCUUUCUGGAGCUGUCAUUUUGGCCAAAAACCUUUAUCCAUAUAAUCAAAAUCAGGAACCAACACCCGCUGCCCAGUUAAUCCAGAGCGGACCGCUAGACACGGAACAACCGUCUAAGCCCAGAGUCUCCACCACUUCUUCCACUGCUUCUUAUGAGAACGUGGAAAUCAACCCGUCCCAAGAGAGCAGCAUCCCGAGAGAUGUCUUCGGUGAUGAUCCGAAGGUAGAUACUGUCUACAGCAUCCCAAGAAAAGCUGCUUCCUGUGCCAACAGUGACAGCAGAAAAGGUGCACUGGGAGAAGGGAACUCACAAAAAGCUUUGACUUCAGAAACUCUCAGCGGAAAUAAGGAAGAGAGCCUCACAGAAACCGACACGGUGUACAGCCUGGUGCAGAUGCCAAAGAAAGGUUUGAACUCACAGCACCACCAAGAGGGCAAACAUGAGUAGUAGAAGACAAGAGACCUUAAAGCAGUAAGUUAAUACCAGAGGAGGUCGAUCCAUCCAUUGUCUUCUGCUUAUCUGAAGGGAAACUCCCACAUCCCUGUCCCCAGAGACACUUCCCAACUCAUUCAGGAUGAUUUCAAGGUGUAAUCGUGUCAGAAUGAACAUAUCUUGGAGUCGUUCCAGUGAGUUCACCGACAGAACCUCCAAAAGGCAAAGGUCCAGGAUGAAGGCUGAUCACAUGCAUGAACCACCUCCACUGACUCGUUUUCAAGAGGAGAACCAAUGGUUUAACGCUGAGCUCCCAUUGGAUGAUAGAGCUCCUAACCCUAUCUCUACCUAUCAUGCGCAUGUGAGGGUCAGAAUAUAAAUGGACAAAUAAAUGUUGAUCUUCACAUUUGGCUGAGCUUUUUCUUCUCCACAACAAACCAGAGAAAAGGUCCUCGGUCCAUUCAUCCAUCUCCUGCAUCAGUUCAGCAUCGUCCCUAAACAAGACGUCAAGAUACUGGAACACGUCCUCUUGAGGCAGAGACAGACCCCAAGAAGAUCUUUUUGAAUAUAACAACCACAGACGUUCUCACCACAGGUUGCAGUCUUCCUCUCAGUUCCACAGCUGUGAUGCGGUCAGGAUGUUUUUCAAAAAUGCCUCAGUAAAGGGUUGGGGACGAUGAAGAGCGUAAUUCUUGCCUUCCUUUGAGUUUUCUUGGUGAGAUGCGUGGUGCUAGAGUAGCAGGAGAAAGCUUUAGGGAUGUAAGCUUUUAACAUUUUUUUGCUUAGUUUCUCCACAUGGGAAAACCCAGUCUACUUCUUAGUGUUGUUUAUUGUGUUUAUUGUGAGAUUAUUGUUCCCAGACCAGUGCUAUUCUAUCAUUGACAUGAACAAACUUGAGUAAAUGUUACAUUUCAGUAAUGUCAGCAGUUUAAAUGUUAAGCCCCAAUCCUUGUGAGGCUGCUGUACUCAGUUUGAUGUUUGACUCAGGAUUUUAUGAAUGGUGGAACAGAAAUUGAUUAACAGGACUGUAGUCAUUAAAUAUCUACAAAUGAUUGCAUCACUGGACCAGAAGGCAUGAUAACCAGACUAGAUUGGAACAUGGCACUGCUAAAUGUUAGGGUCAUUAGGAAUGUCCUUAUAUUUUUAAUAAAAGCACAAUUUUCUUCACUUAUAUAGUAAUAAAAAAACAUUCUAAAUAUUGCUGAUGUGGUAUUCUGUCCAUUAUGGAGUGGCCAGCACAAUCAACAGAUCUGAACCCUGUUGUGGGAGCAGCUUGACCGUACGGUGCGUAAGAAAUGUCCAUCAGGUCAGUCCAACUUGCUACAGGAAGCACCGGGGGACAUUUCCUCAACAAUUCAA